AUGAGGAAACGAGAUUUAGCGAUUCUGAUUCUCUCCGCUUUCGCCAUUUUCUUCUCUCUUCAGCACGAGGGUGAUUUUUCGUUCAAAGAGGCAUGGUUACAUCUCACUGAUGAGUAUCCAAUAAAAUAUGAGGCCGAGCGUCUCCCGCCUCCAAUUGUGGCCGAUCUCAAUGGCGACGGGAAAAAUGAGGUUCUUGUGGCUACCAAUGAUGCAAAAAUCCAGGUUUUGAAUCCUCACAUGAGGCGUGUGGAUGAAGGGUUCAGUGAUGCACGGGUUCUGGCAGAAGUGUCACUCUUGCCUGACAAACUCCGUAUAGCAACAGGGAGACGUGCUGUUGCAAUGGCCACUGGUGUUAUUGACCGCAAUUACAAUAAAAGGGAACCACGAAAACAGGUGUUAGUUGUGGUUACAUCAGGCUGGUCUGUCAUGUGUUUUGAUCACAACCUAAAGAAACUGUGGGAUGUAAAUUUACAGAAGGAUUUUCCUCACAACGCUCAUCACAGGGAAAUUGCUAUCUCCAUUAGUAAUUAUACAGUAAAGCAUGGAGAUACUGGUUUGGUGAUUGUUGGUGGGAGAAUGGAGAUGCAGCCACAUAUGCAUAUAGAUCCUUUUGAGGAGAUUGAGAUUGCUGAGAAAAGUGCUGAGGAGCAUAGAAGAAGUGCUACUGAGAAGGAAGGGUCUGAAAAUGCAGGAACUAUAGAUUUACGCCAUUUCGCUUUUUAUGCUUUUGCGGGUAAAACUGGCGAACUUCGUUGGAGCAGAAAGAAUGAGAAUACUGAAUCUCAGUCAUCAGAUGCAUCACAAUUAAUACCACAGCACAAUUACAAGCUUGAUGUUCAUGCAUUGAACAGUCGCCAUCCUGGAGAAUUUGAAUGCAGGGAAUUUAGAGAAUCAAUUCUAGGUGUCAUGCCUCACCAUUGGGAUCAUCGUGAAGACACUUUGUUAAAGCUGGCACACUUCAGGCGGCACAAAAGGAAAUCACUAAAGAAACUACCUGGCAAGACUGCCAACUUCCCUUUCCACAAGCCCGAGGAAAAGCAUACUCCUGGAAAGGAUGGAACAAAAAAAGUUUCAAAUGUGAUUGAGAAGGCUGUUAAUAUUGCUAAAUCUGCAAAGACCAAGAAACCUUUGCCUUAUAUACCUACCAUAACAAAUCACACUCAGCUCUGGUGGGUUCCAAAUGUCGUUGUUGCUCAUCAAAAAGAGGGGAUUGAAGCAGUUCAUUUGGCUUCUGGCCGUACUCUGUGUAAGCUUCAUCUUCAAGAAGGUGGUCUUCAUGCUGAUAUUAAUGGAGAUGGUGUCCUAGAUCAUGUCCAGGUUGUUGGUAGAAAUGGUGCUGAUACAGUAAGUGGAUCCAUGGAAGUGCUCCAUCGCUGUUGGGCUGUUGCUACAUCUGGCGUGCCAGUUCGAGAACAGCUUUUUAAUGCUUCUAUAUGUCAUUAUUCCCCUUUUAACUUGUUCCAGCAUGGAGAAUUUUCUAGAAGCUUUAGUCAAAAUCUGGAUGUUAAUUCAUUAGAAGUUGCAACACCCAUUCUCGUCACAAGAAAUGAUGGUCAUAGGCAUCGUAAGGGAAGCCACGGUGAUGUUGUCUUUUUAACGAGUCGAGGCGAGGUAACAUCAUACUCUCCCGGCGUGCAUGGACAUGAUGCUGAAUGGAAUUGGCAGCUUUUGACUGGUGCUACAUGGUCAAACCCUUCAUCACCGUCAGGGAUGAUGGAGGCUGGUACUGUGGUCCCCACACUAAAGGCAUUCCCAUUACGCGUACAUGAUAGUCAAGAAUUGAUCCUCGCUGCUGGAGACCAAGAAGCUGUAGUGUUAUCUCCUGGUGGAAGUUUGUUGACAAGUUUUGAUCUUCCUGCUCCUCCUACACAUGCAUUAGUGUGCGAUGACUUCUCAAACGACGGGCUGACAGAUGUUAUUCUUGUGACUUCAAAUGGAGUGUAUGGCUUCGUUCAGACAAGGCAACCUGGCGCUCUCUUCUUUAGCACACUAGUUGGUUGCCUUAUAAUUGUGAUGGCAGUGCUAUUUGUCUCCCAGUACUUGCACUCUAGCAAAGGAAAGCCUCGGACAUCUACAACCCAAUUCUAA